UCUAAGGCACACAUAUACAUACACAGACAUGACGUACGUAUACAUGUGUAUAUAAUAGCCACCGGCCGGCGAAAAUGGCGGAUGUUCACGGUGGUGGGUUGACGUCAGUUCCGUCGCUGCCGCCGCCGGUGCCGAGAUCUCCGUCGGAGAUGCCCGACUUUGGCGGGAAGAGGAGGAGAAUGGCAAAGGUUCAGAAGCUUGAGAGAGAGAUCGGUAUUCUUCAGGUCAGUGAGAAGAACUCGAGUGGAUCGGGGAGCUUCAACCUGCUUCCAAAUCAUGCAAAGAAGUUGCUGAUUUCGUGGGGACAAACGCAGACCCACUUACGCCAGCAGAACAACGAAAGAAGAAUGGAAACUCGACCAGCAGCUUCUGGGGGUGGCUCUGUGGAAUGGCUUGUUUCAAUUCGCCAUGCCCACGCUGUUCUUGUCGCUCCGAGUGUUAUUGCCAUAUCAAGUGCCCUGCUUUCUGCACAACUUGCCGGACCUGUUCAAGACCUAUGUUCCGAUGUUCGACCUCUUGUUGCAGCCGAGAAUGCUGCAUUUCGGGUUUGCCUUCUUGUGGAGAUUGCUCAGGCUGCGGAAACAGUUGCUCUUGUUUCAGGUGUCUGAAAAUGGGGGGAGGACU